ACGCACACACGCGCGCGCGCGCGCGUUUAAAAAGUUAUUUCUUCGUUUGUAAAUAAAGCCGUGCUGACAAAAGAUCAUUUUUAUUGAACUAACUCUCUUAGUUCAAUUAAUCAAAAGAAAAUAUCUUCGUAAAGACUAAGAAAAAAAUUUUAAAUCGCGCUUUUCCCGCGGAAUUUAUCUACGAUUGCUGCGUGCACUGUCCAAAAGAAAAGGUUACGUUGUAUUUCGUUCGUACGAGUUUCCAAUAUGAGUACAGUUUCGAAAUUAUUGAUUAAACAAUGUGAACGUUUAAAACAUAUACUUUGUUCACGUAUAUUAAAAUUGUGAAAAUAAUAAUUGGAUAUAAAGUAGCAACAUGCAAGAAAGAAAUACAUCGUUUCUAUUAAAGAAAGAAAAUGUCUGAUAAAAUGUCAUCUGGCAUGUGACAUUUUAUUAUGUGAGUGGGGAAAAAUAAUUACAAUGAGCGAAGAAUGUCCAAAUUGCCGACAAAUUACGAAUACCUCAGAUUCAAGACUCGUAAAAGAUAGUUGUGGUCACACCAAAUGCAGAAUGUGUCUUCUGUACGAAGAACAAGGAUGUAAAACUUGCCGUGAUCUUCCACAAACCAGUGGAAACUUUGUCGAAUUAACGAAUGACAAUCAUGUAAAUACAGAAAGUUCUGUAAUCGGAGAAGAAAUAAUCUUACCUUUAGAGCUUGUUAUUAAUAAAAAUUCAAAGUGUAUCUAUAAAGAUACUUUCGAUAGUAAAAAAGAUGCGUACGAAUCGUCAACCGUAAAUACCGACAACGAGAAAAACUCGAUUAAAAUGUACAUUCCUAAGAUAGAAUCUUGCGACCUAAGUUCAAACGCGCAAAUGCGUUUAAAUAAUGAGAACAAUUUGGUAUCUCAAUCGGCAGAUGCUUUUAACGAUGUUCAGACUUCUAUAGCAACAAGAGUAAACGUUAGAAACACGAAACCAAAGUUAGACCCUAUUGAGUUUGUUGACAAAGGACCGUUAAAGGAUAAGCACUUAAAAUCUUCCAAUAGAAGUCAUAUAUCGGUAAUACCUGGAACUCCGGAGAGGUACAAGUGCAAUGCUUGCAACAAAAUAUUUCGAAACAAAAAAGGCAAAUGUUACCAUGACGCGUGCGUAACUGGGAUCAAGCCUUAUCAAUGUACCUUCUGCGACAGAAGUUUCGUUAAAAGGUCUCAUUUUGAAUAUCACGAAAGAGUUCACAGCGGAUAUAAACCGUACAAGUGUGGCAUAUGCGAGAAAGCAUUUCCUCAACAAAACAAAUUAAAUAGACAUAUGCAUUCGCAUAACAAAGAAAAGCAAUUUAUAUGCCCUAAAUGUAAAAAGAGAUACAGUAAGCAAGAAGAUUUGAAAAACCAUUUGAAUAGUCAUAACAAUUCUGUUGUCUAUACCUGCAAAGUCUGUGGAAAAUCUUUCUGCGUUUUGACAAAUUUGAAACGUCAUAUGAGAACGCAUACUAAUGAACGACCGUACGUAUGCGACCAAUGCAGUAAGAGCUUUAAAGAUAAAUCUUUGCUAAUACGUCACAAGCGAACUCAUCAAAAAGACAGGCCUUUCUCGUGCGCGCAUUGCAAUAGAGUGUUCUUGUCCAAGAGUGAAUUAAGGCGUCAUUUGGCGGUACAUACAGAUGACAAACCAUUUUCCUGCGAGUACUGUCAAACCGUCUUCAGGAGGAAAGAUAAUUUGAAUCGUCACAUUAGGCAUCAUCAUACAGAAACUUCAACAGUCGAAAUGAAUAAGUUACAAAAUCUCAGAGAAGAUGCAAAUAAAAAGGUAUUAAAAUCGAAACAAACUAGCACAAAACACAAGCAAAAAGGAAGAAAGGUGGAAAGAACGACGUCCGAUGUUAUACUAAAAUCUCCUAAUAAAGUUUCGAUAGGUGUCACAAAUUCUCACGAACAAAUUAACUCUAGAUUAGAUCCAAUGGGUAACAUUACACCAGUCAUAAGAACUACCACCGAGCUAAGUAACGCCGUACCUGUUAUUAAUGGUCCUAUUUGUAUUAGAAAGCCAGAGGAUAAGACUGAAAGUAACAAGAAAACCUUUACGUAUACAGAACCAAUACCGCUCGCCGAGGCUGUCGUUAUAAACAGAAGAAUCGAAGAGAAGUUGUAUCCUCAGAAUAUGUCCCGUCAUAAUUAUUUUUUGUGCAAUUAUCUGAAUCAUUCUGACAAGCAACAGCAUGCAGCAACACCUUCGUCGAUGCGCGCUGCUAAUCACUGUAUAAAAGUCAAUUAUUCCAAUCUCAAUGGUUUAUCCUCCGAAACGACAACGGCGACCGAAGCUACUUUUCUAUGCCAAACUCCAGAAUCGAGUAAUUUAAAUUUGGAAAAAGACUCGAUAAUACAACACAAAAUUUCCAAAGAAAAGUCUGUCGGUUGCGACGAUAUAAAGGCACCCGAAAUUACUACGUUAAAAAAAACUAAUGAUCUGUUCGUUGAAGUAAUUGGCCUUAAAGAUUGCAAUUCGAUUGAUACCAAGGAAGAAAAACAAGAACAAGCAAAUUGCGUUUCUACCAUAAAAAAGACGUAUGGUAGAUCCUGAGUUAAAAAAGAAAAAGUAUAUUUUUACGUAAUAAACAAGGUUUCUUUUUUAAAGGAAAAAAGUGAGUGGUUGAACAAGAUUGAAAUACGAUACAGAGUAACUAGUAUUACAAAUUUAUGUGUUUUCUAGUAAUCUUAUUAUUCCAAUAUAUUCAUAUAAGAAAUGCAUCUCUUUCUUAUCAAUUUAUUGCACAUUACAGUUGAAACAAGGAUUUGCCAUGGAAUUGCGUAACUUAUCCAUUUGUACAUACUAAAGUUAUGUCCGUACGCGCUAAAGCUACAUCGUCCAGAUUAAAUGUAUUUGAAAACGUGUAUCGAGAUGUAGAGACGAUAAUUGUACAGAUAAACGAUACAUACCUAAGAAUGUAUGACUUAUUUAACAAAAAAAAAGAAUAAUAAUAAUAAUAAUAAUAAUAAUAAUAAUAAUAAUGAUAAUAAUAAAUAAAUAAAUAAGUAAAUAAAUAAAAAAGAAAGAGAAAUAGAAAGAAAAAACAAUGUUACCGCUCCAAAAUAAGAUUUAAGAGUUACGAUAGAUUUUGAAAAAUUCGCACAGAUUUAACGAAUAACGCUUGAGACGAAAAGUGGGAGAAUAAACUGCAAAAAGAGAAGACAA